AUUUUUUUUUUUUUACCAAAAUUUCCAACCAAGUUUUCGCAGAGCUCAUAUUUAACUCAUAAUAUUUCUACAGUUUAAUCGUUUUAUCUUAGAAUUAUGCGAUCUAAUUAAUUUUUAAUAUUCAUAAUGAUAAUAUGAAUAUCGAGAUACUUUUUUCUAGGUUUUCUGAAAUGGUUGAUCGGCUUGUACGUACCGUUGGUAGGUCGUUGGGGUUUGGAUUCUCUAUUGAAAACUGAUAGAAUGUCAGAGUACUUUGAACGAGAAUUAAAAUAUAAGUAUGUGAUAAGGGAUGAACAUGGCGCGCCUGUACAUCCAGACACACGCAAAAGGACCGUUAGAAUAUGCUGCAGGAAAGCGGAAUUCUUCUUGAAUGUGAUGUUCUUUUUGAUCUUUCCGUUCGCAAUUUGCUGUCUUUGCCUCAAGAAACCCUUUCGUCAACCCGCCCGAAGACGUUGUUGCUCAGAUGAAUCUAAAGUAAGAGCUAUUCUUUUCCGCCUUUAUGCCGUAUGUCAAAUUGGAGCAGAAUUCCUUGGCAAUGUAACAAUCCUUAUUUCCUUCCUUGCACGUAUUGGAUCUUUUCGUUUAGAUCAGCUUGACAAGCGACAAGAGCGAACAUCCGAGAACGAUCUGCGUGAGCAUUUAUGGCGAUAGUCGAGAUUCGCGGAUGGAAACCGAGGAUACCAAGUACGUGAUGGACGAACUGAAGAAGUCUGAGGAAUCGUUACGUAGCCGUACUAGAAGUAAAGUAAGAAA